AUGGUCGAAAACUAUUUACGUUCAACGGGAUUCUACCACAUCUCUUGUAUUGGGUUCAUAAAAGAAUUUUAUCCCUUAUUAGCUGCUUUGGUGCAAAGGAGGAGGCCAGAAACCCAUACCUUUGUAUUACCGGUGGGUGAGGUUACUGUAACACUAGAAGAUGUCGCUCAUAUAUUUGGCCUACCUAUUGAUGGAGAGCCUGUGAGCGACUGGACAGAUAGUAGUAGCGACUUCCUACAGAGUCAGAGCAUUGCGAUAUUUGGUGGGAAACCGAUUGUCAAUAGUUCUUCGAAAUCUUUAUAUGAAGCUGGGUUGGGUUCGAGGUAUCAAAGACGCAGAGCCAUUGGAUACCGAGGAGUCUUUAAGAGAUAUGUCAGAUGCCAGAUUUUCUGUUUGUUGGGUUCGACCCUAUUCACGAAUAACUCGACCGCAUAUGCUCACGCGAAGUAUCUAUCGUUGCUUCGCGAUUUCGAGCGGAUCCAUACUUAUAGUUGGGGACCAGCAUGUCUCGAGCAUCUUUACAAGACACUAUGUCGUGCAUCACGGUAUGAUACUAAGGAGAUGGAUGGCGCUCUUAAUCUGUUGUUUGUUUGGGCAUGGGAGCGACUGCCAUGUAUUGUGCCUGUGGAGUCAAUCCCAAGCUCGGCAUGGUUAUCGAAGACCAUAGUGAUAUUUAGGCAGGAAAUAAACUACAUAGACGAGUUUGUGUGGCGGCCGUAUGAAGGGUUGAUCAUACCCGACGAUUACAUGGACACCUUGAGGUAUGUGACAUCGUUGCUCCGUUAUUGUCAUUUGAGUGUGUCGAAUGGCAUCCUGCGAACUAAGUGA